GAAGACUAGUGAUUGAUGCUCUCAAGUGCCAACACAACAACCGUCGUAUUUCCGUAAUCAACAAACGACGUUGACGUUUCACCGCGUAGCAAGUGAAAGUGUCACGUCGAUUGGAUUCCUGUCAGAAAUAUUAUUAUUCGGGUAUAAUUCACUCCGUCUGUGCUGAGACAGGUUACCGCCGGGAAAAAUGGGUGUUAAACCUGCAAUUGGAAGAAAAUCUAACAAGAACCCACCUAUUUUUAGUCAUGAAUUUGUGAUUCAGAAUCAUGCUGAUAUAGUUUCGUGUGUGGUGAUGGUGUUUUUGGUUGGGUUGAUGGUACAGUCUACAAGUCCGAUAGCGAGCUUAUUCAUCAGUCUACACCACAAUGUCAGUGGAGUUGAGCCCACCAGAGAAGCACCGAAAGGAGAACCAUUCUUCUACGAAGCAGGAUGGAAAGACGCCUGUGCAGUAUUCUUUUACUCAUUGGUGUGCAUUGUAAUGCAUGCCAUCCUCCAGGAGUAUUUCUUGGAUAAAAUAUCAAAGAAGUUUCAUCUGUCCAAAUCAAGACUGAGUGCCCUGAAUGAAUCGGGUCAGCUGGUUGUGUUCCACCUUGUGACCCUUAUUUGGGGUGGAGAUGCUAUCAUCCGUGAAGGAUUUAUCUUCAACAUUUCACAGUUGUGGGACGGUUACCCCAGCCACCCAAUGAGCUUUUUGCUGAAGCUCUGGUGGAUUGUCCAAGCCGCUUACUGGAUCCACACUGUCCCUGAACUGUACUUCCAGCGCAUCAAGAAAGACGAAUGGAUGGGUCGCAUCAGGCACGCUGCUGCUGCUUUCGCAUUUGUUGCAUUGGCUUAUGGCUUCAAGUUCCAGCGUGUCGGUGUCUGCUUGGUAGUCCUGCACUCUCUCGCCGAAUUCGUUGCUCACAGCUACAGGUUGAACACCAUCCUCAGGGGAGAACGUGAAGACUGGUUAGACAAAUUCUUGAGCUUGAUCAACGGCUCCGUGUUCGUGACUGUCCGCCUGUGCUCACUGGUACUGGGCGUGCUGACAUUCUACUUCGGUCUCGCCGGCGCCGCGCCGCUCGUCAUCCGCGUCGCUGCUCUCUCUGUCCUAGUCUCUUUCCAGGUUUACCUGAUGUUCAACUUCAUCUCUGAAGCCAUCAAGCAGAGGCAAGAGAGCCGCCAGCAGGCGCAAGCCAAGCCCAAGAAAGAGAAAAAAGAAAAGCCUAAGAAGGAAAAAGUAAAGAAAGCCCCUGUCGAGGAAUCCGACCUGCCCGAAGUUGACCAGAACACGAACAAGACGCUGCGGCAGCGACAGACCGCUAAGGCGAAGUGAAGCACGCUCACUUAUUAAAUACUUUGACAUUAACUGUAUCGUUAGGUUGUCGUCAUCCCGUCGUAACUGAGUCUUUCCACUACUACACUUUAGUUACUUCUCGCUGACUCUUCUGUCUCCCUCUAGGUAUCAAUGUUAUAGCACAAAACUGUUCUUUUGUAUUGUGAGACCCGUAUCGGACUCUGAUACUCGUAAUCGAUGUCGAUGUUUAUUGAUGUUAAUGUAUAGGUAUCAAGCACGUAUGUGACAAGACUUACUUUAUCGUAGUUAUAUUGUAUCUUCUUUUACGAAACAUUAAUUUAGACUGUGGAACAUAAUUAUCGUCAUUAAAAGUAUAGUGGAUACAGGGUUGUAAAAAUAUCUCCUAAAGUGUAAAAAAUGAAGUCUAGGUUAAACUGUUGUUUAUAUGAAUAUAUUGAUAAGAAUAUUGAAGUACUGUGUGUUCAUACACAUUAAAUGAUGAAAAUUCCAUUUUUAUUUUGCAUUUCAAUAUUUAAAAGAAAUUAUUUUAUGUUGUAUUAUGAUGGAUUCCAAUACGAGUUUACUUUUUAAAUUAUAUUUUUAUAUUUACAGUAUACUUUUAAUAUAAUUUAGCAGUUUCUAUGUUUUUAAUGGAUGAUUCUCUUCUCUGUCUCGCUGUAAGUAUGUAAUCAGGUGCUGCUGCUGUCCAGCAUGUAUUGUCUCUUAUUCUUUCUACACAAUUAUGUAUUCAUUGCAUUUGGAAUGAAGGUUUUGUCUUGUUUGUGUUACACUUUGAGAUUGAAUCCGUGAUUAUUGUUAUACUUUAAUGUGAACUAAAGAAAUAAUGAAAUUAUUCUUCCUAAUGUGAAAUUGUGCUCAUAAAUUAUUAUAUAAUUUUCAUGAGAAUUGUCAAUUUUAAAAGCUUGAUGUUAUUUUUAUUUCAAAUAAAUUUUUGUAAGAAAUUAUGUUUGAUAUUUAA